CCGCCAGUGGUUCGCACUGCUCUGGCACCUGGCACUGGCACCUGCUGGCACCUGGCACUCCACGCCCAGCUGCUCUGCGGCGACGGCUACUCCCACUCUCUACUGUCGUAGCGUAGCCCCCAGUUCUGUCCCCAUAGCUGAAGCCUUAUUUUUUUUCCUCUCCUCUCGCAAUCCUCGCUUUUUCCCUCUCUUAUUCCCUUGCUCUACCCGCCCGCCCUUUGCGGCAAUUGUUCUGGUGCUUCUAAAUGUCGACGUAUUUUUCCCAUCUUUGCUGCUCCUAAUUUUGCUUCAUUUCCCUCCGGCCGCCUUUAUCUGCACCGGUCUCCCCGCCCCCUCGCUCCAUCCAGUGGCCUUCAUCUCACCCUGCCACUGGACGUUGGACGCAUGUUUGACUCGCCUUUACCAUGUCUUCGGCCAAAGCCACCAAAAAGAGCGCCUUCUCUUGCGAACCAUGUCGCCGCCGCAAGGUCAAAUGCGGAGGUGAGCAGCCUAAAUGCGUGCGCUGCACAUCCAGAAGUGAGGAGUGCGUAUACAAACUCAACCCAACGCUGUCUUACACACAGCGCCUAGAGAGGCGUAUCCAAGAGCUUGAGGACCAACUUGCUGAGAUUAAUACCUCUCCUGCUGCCUCUUACUCUAGCAUGUCCACUCCUGGCACUGGUGCUGGAGAAGCCAAGCCACCCACAAAGCGGGAGAGAGGCGCGGAAAUCUUGCUGUCAAGUCCUAGGGACCAGCUUCUCCAGAGUGACAGACCUCCAGAGAGUCAAUAUCUGUUUAAUAUAUUUCCGCCUCACAGCAAUGAAUUGUCUUCAGACGCGGAUCAGAAGCGCCGCCAGAGGCUUGUGUCGAACGCGUGGCAGCAGCGUGCUCUCGAAGACCUCGCUGGCAUACCGGCACCAUUCCAUUACCUCUUGAAUAUUCAUUGGUUCUGGAUUCAGCCCAUAUUCAACAGCGUCUAUCGACCUUGCUUUACUCGGGACAUGCAAACCAUGGGACCAUAUUAUUCACACAUGCUCCUCAAUGCCAUCCUUGCCCAUUCCGUCCGUUGGGCAAUGUCUGAUGCUCCCACUAAGCGCCUACUUGAUGACGCGUACGACGGUGGUCGAGUGUUUGCCAAGCACGCUCGAAGCAUGCUGUUCCAGGAGCUUAACGAUGGUACUUGUUCAAUAACAACCAUUCAAACAUGCAUCUUGUUGAGUGGCCAAGAAAUUGGUCUGGGCAACAGUAUGCAAGCGUGGGUAUACAGCGGCAUCGCCUUCCGUGUGAUGGAUCACAUCGGUCUCUGCGUAGAAGGCCAGUAUGGAAACACACACUUGACUGAUGAAGACAUUGAGAUUCGUCGCCGCAUUUAUUGGAGCUGUUACUUUUGGGACAAACUUGUCAGCUUAUAUCUUGGCUAUCGUCCUGCAAUCCAAGAGACGGAAACGUCACCGAGGCUUGUAAUGUUUGAUGAUUCGUCUGAAAAUGAAAUGUGGUUGCCCGUUGGGCUGCCUGAAGAGAUUACUUGGAACUACCCCCCGCAGCCGUCAUACUCUGCAUCAUGCUUCUUGGCCACCUCCCGCCUUGCCAUUAUCCUGAAUCAAGUCGUGCUGCACAUGUACGACAUCAACACACCCAACUCUGAUGAAGAGAUGGUCGCUUGCUUCCGCGCUCAGGCGCCUGCCAUGAAGCAAUUUUGGGAAGAGUUGCCCCCAUACCUAAAACUUGACCCCCUCAACCUUCCCGAGCUCGCACCGCCGGCCCAUAUUCUUGCACUCAACUGCAUCUACCAUACAUUCAAGAUUGUUCUGUACCGGCCCAUGCUUACUCGUCCCCCUCGCACGCAGGAAGACAAGCAGCUCCUUCAUAGCUGCGUCGUCGAAUGCGUCACAUCCGCCCUCUCCUGUGUGGCCGUCUUUGAUCUCAAUUGCAAAUCAUUCGGCACAUCACACACCAUCCUCACAAUGGCAUACAGUAUAUACAUUGCCGCUACUGUCCUGUUGCUCCAGGUGCAGGCGAACCCGCAUGAUGCCCUCGCGGUUCAUCGGGUAACGUACUGUAUCCGCCGGCUAGACCAAAUAAAGGCUCGUAGUACCUUCAUCGCAACCUGUGUUGACCUCGUCAUGACGGAAUUGAUCGCUCUUGGUGUGACAUUAUCCCCACAGAGUGCAUCGUCCAACCCUAGUCCGACAGAUGGGUCGUCUAGUACACAUCAACGUGACAUCCACUUUGACGGUAUGCCUCAGACAAUGGCAUAUGAAGCCACAUACGGCAACGGCGACAUGUACAUCGAGAGUGGUGUACCGGUCAGCCCUGACUUCUUCGAUGCUCUACCUACAUUGGUACCAUUGACGCUUCGCAUCGGGCAACUCCAGAAUGCCCUCGCAAAAUCACAAGCGGCAACUAUGCCAACGUUGUAGGGUUCUUUUCUUGUUUAGUUCGCCUCUGCUUUGGUUUUGAGCUUUUUUUUAUGAUUAUGUUUUGUAGAAUACCCUUGACGUUUCCCAGCAAUAUAGAGGCUUGCACAUUAGAUUACGAUGGUUGGCAUGAGAAAAGAUAAGUUAUUUGUCAAAUUGUAAAUAGAUUCCAGGAUAUAUAUAACACUUUAAAAAGAAAACACGCUAUCAAAAAAAAGCUAAUUUCGCUUUCAAAAAAGACAAGUCCACCGCACUACACCGUCGCCUAGU